UAAUAUUUUAUUAUAAAAUAUUAUAUUAAUAAAAUUAUUUUAAUUAACAACACAAGAAUCUGAAGAUUCAUGUUUAAUAGACACGUGUCCACAAAAUAUAUUACAUCUUUGUAAAGAAGAUCCUUCCGUGAUGUCACUUUUACAACAACUUUUGCAGAAUAUAUUAUUCAUACAUGAAGAAAAAACGCAAUGUGGAAAAUUAAAGAAACAAAUUGAUUUUUCAGAUGAUUAUAAAUAUUAUCCGAAAGAGAACUGUUUAAUCAAUGCAACAAAAAUGGUGUCAGCAAUCAAAAGUCAUAUCAUGAUGCUAGAAUUGAAAGAUAUCAAGGAACUGAAAGAAUCCUAUCAAAAAUUAAGUACAAAAUCAUUUCCUCAAAGAGUUCAAAAAAAACCCAGUUUAAAAAAAAUUGACACCUCUAUCUGUAACAAUAAAUUGAUAAUGACUGAAGAAAUAUUUGUGCCAUUAUUUCGAUCUACAAAACAGGAUGAAAAACAAAAAAUAAUGGACAAAACAUUAAUAUUGGAUAGGAAAAAAAAGUUUUUAAUGGCAGAUAAAAAUGUUUGCACUUAUUUAAAUUGCAAAGAUAUUGGUAUCAAUGGAUCGUUUCAUCGUGAUAUACAAAUUCAAAGUGAUUCUCAAUUGUUCAAAGAUUCUGCAUGCUUAGCAAGAGAUAUAAAACAAAGAAUAAACGUAGGUGUUCAAAAACGAGAUCCUAUAUUGGUUCGAGUGAUUAAAUGCAAUGAAAAUCAAGCAAUAAUAAGAUCGGAUAAAGAAACGUUAACUAUGAUGACAGAUUUGAAUUAUGGAAAGAAAUAUAUAAGUAAACGAAUAGAAACAUGUGGUCGAUCUACUUGUAUUCCAUCUACUAUUUGUAGAAAAUUGAGCGAAGCUAAUUUAAAAUAUGCUCUUUACAAGGAACGUGCAAAUCAAGAAAUCGAUAAUUAUCAUAAACAGUCAUUUAAGAAUAAUAUAUGCGAUAUAAAUUGUAAAAAUAAUAUAUUUUAUGACUGGACUGAUGUAACAAAUGAUGUUAAUUCGAAAAUUCCGAUGUGUAAAUAA